CCCGGGGCUCCUCUAGCCGAGUUCGCGGCCCGGCGCGCCAAAUCCGGCACUCUUCGUGGGGACAGCUCGAGCAAAAGAACACCACAGACCUAAGUUCUCGGGACCCUCGGUGUGCGACCUUUACGGAGGCGAUGCGGUUUCGGGCGAGCCUUGUGGACGUGGCUUGCAUCAACCACUUCAUACGUCUGCUCACCAGCAUUUCCAAGCUGACCAAGGCAUGCACAAUGCGCAUCACCCCUGACCAUCUGCACUUCACGCUGUCUGACCGGGCCUCCCAGGGUGGCAUGGGCUUGUGGUGUGAGCUACAUCAGGCCAACUUCUUCGAUAAGUACCAGAUGGACGGGGUCUCUGCGGAGCACAACGAGAUCUACCUUGACGUGGCACCCGAGAGCGUGUCCCGUGCUCUACGCACAGCGCAGGCAGCCAAGACGGUCAAGAUGAAGCUGACUCGCAAGCACUGCCCGUGCCUCACGCUCGCCGUGGAGCUGUUGACAGUGACAGGAUGCAGCCGUGUGGUCACGCACGACAUUCCCGUGUAUGUUGUGCCGCGACAGAUCUGGUGUGACUACCGUGAGCCCAGCAUGCCCGACUUUGAUGUUGGUAUUUACCUGCCACCCUUGAAGACACUGAAGGGUUUCUUGGAACGGAUGAAGAGCUUCAGCAACUUUGUGGUGGUGGAAGCCAAUCAGAAGGGAGAGAUGAACCUCAAGAUAGAGACCGAGCUUUUGACUGUGACCACACAUUUCCACGACCUGGGAAAGGCACCAUGGGUGAGUGACAGCACACAGCAGAGAAGGGGAGAGGAACGAGACCCAGAAGAAAUGGCGAGUGCACGCACGGACAUCCGGAAACUGCUGCAGUUUGUGUCCAGCCAACUGAUGACUCCGAAAAAGGCUGUUUGCAACAUAGUGGACAACAGCCUACUGCACUUCACCAUGUUUCAUGAAGACCACAUCCUGCAGUAUUUCAUCCCCGCCAUGACGUUAUGAAAUGUCUUUUGCUCAUUUAAAUGAACACGGGACUCGUCUGAGCCAGCUAAACUGCCAACAUGGUCCAUGCUUGUCAAUGAGUGUGUGAUGGUACCUGUGCCUGUGUGGUAUUGUAGCAGUUAGCGCGCCGUGCUACGAAUGCGGCGACCCGAGUUAAAUUCCCGCUCACGGCCAGCAACAGUGACGACUAUCUGAAUUGGUCCUGGGCCAUCCCUCGUUCGACUCGGCCUCAAAUGAGUACCCGGUGCGGUGUGUAAGCAUUUCCACAGGGGGACAAAGGUGGCCAGGCAUGGUGCUGGCCACCCACCCCAACUUGUGCCGUGCCAGCCUUCAUUGGUGCUUGCUAACAGCACUUGCCCCAACAGUCUGUGAAGGUUCUGGAGGAUCUUUGUCUUUGGUGUGGUACCUGUUAUCAGUUCAGGGACCCUACAGUCAGGCUCUCUUUGGCCUUUCUACAUGCUGUGAAGAAAGACUGUGUUGCCAGAAAUGUUGCCUACUGUAGAUUUCCCUUGCUUUAUGUGGUAGAUACUUUUCAAAAAAAUGGCAUAUGAAGUGAAACUGCACGAGACAGCUGCCUGCUGAGUAGCGUAUGCAGCACACACAAUGUUGUCCCAGUCCAACCACAUGUGAGUGAAUUAAAAUCGCAUGUAGCUAAUCGUGGGUAGAAAGGAGCUAGCUGCAUAUCCUAGAAAUCGCACAAACUGAACCCACAUAAAGCAAGGGAAACCUGUAUAUACUUUUUUCCUUUUAAGGCAGUGCUAUUGACGAAUGUAUUGCGUUUUUUAUGUGCUUGUGGACCAUUGACAAUGCAGUAUUGCCAAAUAACUUGUUGAAUCAAGAGUUGAGAUCAUUGUUUUAUGUGACUUAAAUUAUUGCCUAAUGUCAGUUGCGAAUACUUUUUUACGUCGGUUGUGAGUGGUUGGUUUAUUAAGUUGCACUUUGAGCGUUUUCCAAUUUCACGUCAUGUUUACGAGUUUCACGUGUUAAUCAAACGAGUUCCCCGUAAGACAUUGGAAACUAUAUAUUCCACCUUGAUGCUUUUGGUGUUAAAAUGCUAAGCCGAACUUUAGGAUACUGUUACGUUUUUAGUUUUGUAUAAAAUUAACAAUAGUGUUCAGGCUCUUUGUCAAUUACUGCUGGGUGAAGGCCUCCCCAUGCCGUGUCAGCUGUGGGUAUUGAUCGACCAUACUUCACGCUGGUCAGUGCGGGUUGGUGAAGGGAAAUUCCCGUUCAGUAUUGAAUUGCCACUAAUAUUAACGAUUGCCAGGAGGCAUAGCACAACGCACAAACCAUCGUACCACCUUUCCAGUGCGCAUGUUCUCACAAUUCGUUUUUUGUACAUAUAGUUUAAUGCUUUAUUAAAAGCUUCAUCCUUUACAUUGCUUUCAGGGUAUAUGCAAUGCCAUUCCUUGUUUUAAUACAUAUUGUACUUAUUGUAAUUGUAUACAGUCUUUUUUUAGUUUUAAAACGUUAAAAUCCAUGUGGUCCUGACUUUUCAUGCCAUGUAAUUUGUUUAAUUUAGAGGUCGGUGACUAAGCCACUGUCAUCUCUUGAUUGGUGUAAUUUAAUAAAUUACAGACUGGUUUAAGAAGCACAUUGUAGAUUAUAGGUCUGGUCAAAAUAUUGCAAUAUAACCACAUUUGGCAAGUUAUAAACAUAUGCUAUGAAUAGAAUCCAUUGCCAAAUUAAACAUAACUUGUGCCAAACAGCUGCCCCUUUUAAAAAGUAUUGGAGUGUUCGCACACUUGCCUCUUACCAAAGUCUGUCACGUGAAUUAAAUUGUAAAGCCACGAGUUAUGGUCCAUUUAAAGUGUUACGCAGUGGAUUGAAAACACAACCCGAAGCAAAGGUGACCAGGUUGUAAUUCUGUAUCCGUGAUGAUUCUCUGUUGAUGCCUAAAAAUGAUGAGUAGUUUAGCCUGUGGGUUAUAUAUAGAAGCAACCUCAACAUUUCCCACAACUACAAAACAUGGUGGGUCAGAUUCUUGUGUUGGCAGACAUGCAGUCUCCACUUGUGUUUUGUGAAAAGCACUCAAGAUCAUUGCAAGUUUUCUGCAGGUUUGGCUGUUUGUGCAAAAAAUUGGCAGCGAAAGUGUCUUAUCUGCUAACGCCGAUGUUGGCGUGUUGAGCACGUGCCAGCCUUUUGGAUAUUACACAAUAGCUGGGUGCACAAUUUUUGUACUAAUAAAGUUUCAUUUAUUUGUACACGUGUUGCUGUUUGUCUUCUUUCAUUGUCUUUUAUAUGACGCGUAACAAGCAGCCAUGUUUAAAAGGCCCUUCAGGAUACAGUGAAUAUGAAGCAGUGUGGAAUGAAGAAGAACGCGAGCUCAAGUCCCAGCCAGGGUUUGACUCUUUCCUUUCCUUGGGGCUUAAUUAAAUUUGUACCAUUUUCUGGGACAUGAACAGCAGGUCCCAGAGUAUA